GUGAACAAUGGCAGCAAAAGGAGAUGAACGGCCUCCCGGCGUCGUCCAGGUCGUCCCUUUCCUGACGGCAGAAGAAGCGCCGCAGUAGACAAAGUCGUCUCUCAAGAGGCAGCGGAGUCGGUCAAUCAGCCUCUCCAGACUCCCCCCUCCCUCCCCCCUCCCCCCUCUGUGCGUCCCUCUGGUAGCGCGAUGGAUCCGUCGAGCGACUGUAUGAUCCCGCCGCGCCUGCCGUGGGUUCACCAGCACGUGCAGAUGGCCCCGCCGAUAUUCCUGGUGUUUUGGGGCUUCAGCACGGCGGUCACGCUGGUCGUGACGGUGGCCACGGUGCGAUCGGUCUGGCGGCACUUCCUCGCCGGGGACAAGCUGCGGCAGCUCAAGGGGCUGGUGUUCAUUCCCACCCAUGCCAGGCUGCAUAUGCAGAUUCUCGUGCUCUUCCCCAUUCUCUCGAUAACCUCCUGGUCGGUGCAGGCCUUUCCACCACACAUACACACAUACAGAGUGAUAUAUGCGUGUGUGUGUGCGUGUGUUGUGCGUGAAUGGUUGUCUGUCUGUCUUGUCUGUCAGGUUAUCGCUGUUGAUAAUCCGUCAGGCGCUUUUAUUGGAGCUGCUGGCGUACCUGUACAACAUGGCGUGUCUCUUCUGGUUUUUUGAGCUGCUCGUGGAGCUCAUGGGCGGCCCGGAGAGGGCGCUGGACCUGCUGCGCAAGGAGCCGCCUUUCAGGAUCUACCAAGUGCCCCCGCUCAUGUGCUGGAACGUGUUCGCCAGAAAACGGUUGGUCUGGAAAAAUUAAUUGUCAAUCACCCAACCAACCACAAUGACCGACCGCUGGCUGUGUGUCUCUCUGUGUCUGUGCUUAAGGCAUUUUGACCUGACGGACUUCCGCGUGACACGUUUCCUGCUGUGUCAGUACGCCAUAGUGGGCCCGUUCAUAGCGGUGACGGACGCGCUGAACGAGAGCUACUUUGACAUCCUCCACUACGUCAGGAUCCUGGUGACCCUCUUCUGCAUGUGGGGCCUGGUGAUGGUCUUCAAGGCGUCCAAGAGCUUGCUCAAGGAGUAUCGGACACUGCAGAAAUAUGUCGUCAUACAGGUGGGUGUGUGGGACACGAGUGUUGUCUUGAGAUCUCACUGUGCACGUGAUGUGUGUGGUGGUGCAGGUGACGGUGUUUCUGGUGAACUUCACGUCGAUAAUCCUUCGCCACCUCAUACCGGGACACAACCGCGUCUACGACCAGGUAGGGUAGGCACACGCGCACGCAACACACGUAGGUGUCCUUCCUUGUCCAUCCAUCCAUCCGGCUAUUGAUUGGUCCAUCCAUUGGUUCAUUGGUAUGUCAGUCUGUGAUGAGCGAGGCGUGGGUGCAUUUUAUCUUCUCGGUGUCGAUGCUGCCCCUCACUCUCAUCGCCAUCAACGCAUACCGAGUCGAGGACCUCUGGCUGCGCGAGAAGAGAGUACAUGGGUGCGCACACACACACACAGCCAGCGCCCAUUUUCUCUUGGCAUUUCGAUGCAUCCAUCCGUGUGUUGUCAGGCUGGAUUGGCUGCAGACAGAUGCGGACGGCGGGUCGCCUCCCUUGCCCGACGACGACAUGUUCGCCAGAGAGGCGUUCCCCGGAGAGGAGGGCAAAGACAGCAGCAACAGGAACAACAAUACCACCAGCUGUCCUGACGAGGUCUUCUCAGACACCGAUUACGACGACAGACAGCCGCCUGCAGAUGUGGUCAGUGAGAACCCAUAAGAUGCCAUCCAUCCAUCCAUCUGUGUGUGUGUGUGUGUGUGUGUGUUGUGUGUGUCUGACAGAGGAGCAAUGGGGCGAUGGAGACGGUGUACGCCCCGAGCAACUACGGCGACGACCGUGCAGACUUCUUGAGCCCGUCGAUCUCGCCCGUUUCCCGCAACACCACCACACCCCGCGUCAAUCAUCACAAGGAGAGAGAGCCCAUCUUCCUCCCUGGCGCAAGCCACACCACCAAUGCCGACGACACUGAAGUACGCAAAUGGGAAAUGACAACGCCCGGAAUGUGUCUGUAUCUGUCUGGAUGGAUGGGUGUGGGUGCAGGGGUGUUCUGAUUGUGGAGGUCAGGAGGACAGCAGCAGCCCCGCCAGCGGAGCGACCAUCUCGCCAAAACGGAUUCGCCAUCGACCACACAGAGACCACCACACACACACACACCCCCGCACCACCCAUCCCCAGCCCCCCCAGGCACACAGCCAGCACGGCGGCCACGACCAUGACACCUCCCCCUUGAACGAUGCCGCCGCCAGCAGCCAUUCCUCCGGGCCUCCCAGGGCCGCCACCUCAUGUAUGGGAGCGGGUGAUGAAGGCCCACAUGUGCACGGGCAUCAUCACCACCAUUUAUCGGGAGUGGUGCCCUCCCUCCGCCGAAUCCUGACGGCGCCUGAGAGGGAGAGCGACCCCCAUCCCCACCACCACCCCCACCUUCACCACACCUGUGUGCAGCCCCACUCCCACCCCCCAUUAGCUUACCAGCAUCUCGGCCAGGGGGAGUCGCCCCGCAACGACGGUAGCAGUGACAUGGUCUGUGUGGGCAUACCACGACGGACAUUGGGUGAUGGUGACGGUGAUGGCGAGGGUAGGGGAGGGGAGGGGGAGGUCUAGCGCACAGAGAGGAGGCGUGUGGGGGGUCUUGUGCGAGUGUGUGUGUGUGUGUGUUCGCUUUUUUGAUGGACCAUGCAUGAAUGACCGUCAUCAUAGCAGUGUCUCUCUCUCGGUUUGAUGGCACGGUGGUGUCCGUGGCGUCCGUGGCGUGUUUAUGCGUUGGCGAGGGACACAGAUGAAUGAGGGUUUUGCUCGAUUAUUUCCUCCUCCUUCUCCUCCUAUCUAUCUACUAUAUGCCUGUCUGUGUAUCUUGAUUGAUGAUGGGAUAGGAUAGCUCCUGCUCUUGCUGCUGCUGUCCACUUUGUCAUGUCCAUAUGUGUGCGCUGCGCCUGUGUGUGUGUUGGUUUGGCUUUGUUGAUCGAUCCAAUGGGAUGCCCAAAAACAGAAGUAAUGAAUCUGCGUAGCGUAGCCGGUGUAGCUGGCAGUGUCUGUGUUGGGCGACUGUGUGGGUGGGAGGGUGAUGCGUGUACAGAUAGCAGAUAUCAUUUGUACCUGUCUGAUGGACUGACUCGUCAGGUGCGGUGCCAU